CCAAUUUGGAUACGAUCUUCUUUAAUUACAUCACUGUUGACUAAAACAGCAUAUCCAUUCAUUUCCUAUAUCGACGUUUUCCCUGAAUUUCUCAUAUCAGCGAAAAAUCAAAACGACGCUUCAAACUCUUUUUACUUUUUUUUUGUUGCACAUAAAAAAGUGUAUCCGUUCCUUUGUAUCUUUUUUUUUAUCUAGCGAGCCAUAGCGCCAACCCAUGCGUGGAUCAGUCAUUGACCUCGCACAAAAAAUAGUUCUAAUUCAUCAUGAGUGCCGAUGCGAAACUGAUUGUCAGUCUCAUCAACCGUAUUGUCGUUCGUUUGCCCAGUCAUCGAGGUGAAGCGAGUCAAACACUCGAAAAUGAUCCCUUGAUUCAACAGACUGUGGCUACGUUGAUCGAUCUUUCCGAGUAUAGGUUACCGCUCAUCACAAAUACGCUUAUUACCAUCAUUGAUAGCAUUUCAAAGCCAUCGACGCCCAAUCCAGAUGAAGUAGUCGCCCCGGAUGUGUUGGAAUCGCAGUAUUUACUUUUAAAGAUUUUAUCCGCCUGCAUGCAGCAUCACUGGCAGUGUGUCCGUGCCCUUCACGACGUCAGUGGUUCCAUAUCGGGGCAUUCCGAAAAUCAGGGUUCAGAUGCCAAAGACACCCUAACCGAUCGCGCCGAUCCUCCUCCUUUGGAUGACACGAUUGCCAAAUACGUGGUUUCCGCCAUGUCACGGUUCAUGUUUCAUAUGUCGUCCAUGACCGAGAAAGAAAUAUACGAUCUUCACCCGUCGCUCAGUCAAGUCGCCUUGGAUAUCUACAAAGCAAGCAGUCGAAUCAUAUUCUACGUCAGUGCCAGUAACUGGCCCGUAGUAUUUGCGCGAAUAAAAGCACGCCUGCUGUACCUGUCCACGACCGAUGAUGAGGACCCGGAUACAUUCGACGUCCAACUCUUGGAAUGCUGCGCUCUCAACGCACGACGAUUAAGUAUGCUCUUGGCAGAAUUUGGAUCUUUAUUCCCAAAGUUGAAAGCUCAGUUGUCCGUGGCUGCCGUACUUCGCCGCACCAUUUGGAAUUGGAUUGAAGCUUAUCCGAUGGAAUUUACCCGUUUAUAUCGUUUUAAAAAACGCAUGGAAGGGAAUCCCGAUCUCCUGUUUGACAUUUGCGGCUCCUUAGCCGAUUCGACCAAACGAAAAGCGGCGUUUUGGCCGUUGCAACUCCAUCUCCUUCUUCUCUGUCCCGACAUUCUCGCCUCGCUCACUCAAUCGUCCCAUGCCGAUGGCUAUACCAAAAAGGCGGCUUUUAUUAGCAAUUUACGAAAAGAGAUUGCCGGUCGACGUUAUACGGAAAUUGCUGCGGUUUGCUAUAUUGAUGUGUGUCGAGCCGUGACUUAUAUGCCAAAAGAAGACGGUGCCAUUCUAUUUCAGCAAUUUGUGGAUGUGGAAAAGCAACUUCAAGACAAACUGUUCAAUUUGCAAGAUCCACUUUUUGGCGAUCAUUUUCCGACAGUGUCAGGACUUUUGGCCGAUGCUCGCUCCGUUUUACCUGCGUGUUUAGCGGCUCUGUUUCGAUGCAAUCCUUUGUUAGUUGUCAAAGAAUUCUACUCGCUGUGUUUCGAUGAACGCGCUCCAAAGACCUACAAACCCAGUUUUGUCAAAGCAUCGCUUAUACUGGCCACCGAUGUUAACCGAUACCGAUGGAUGUCUCAGGUCCAGGAUUUCUAUUUCCACUUUGCUCACCCUUUGCGGCGGCUACUGUUGCUCACGGUGAACCAGGAGUCGGAAAAAAACGAUUCACAAAGCUCGUUGCAUGGCUCGUUGCAUGGCUCGUCGCUAAGCCGGAAAACCAUGACGUUCAUUCCUGAUAAAAAGACCAAGAAAGAACCCUACCAUAACGCCAUGGAACAGCAGGAACUUUUGGUGGAUUUACUGCGCAUUUUCCAAAUGCGGCCUAUGCUCGCUUUCGUUGAAAUCGGUGAAGAUAAAGCGGAGCAUACGGCUAGGCUCUUGACAACUGUAGCCUAUCUGCUCCGCGAUAAACGCUCGUCAAUUCGUCGAGCUGCCGCGGACUGCCUUUUGGAACUUCACAAUGCUCAGUUUAUGACUCAAUGGACGGCCACUGAUGCGCUGAUGAUGCCAACCUUUUGGCGUAUAUCUUCUCAAGUCGUGACCAUUGUGGCCAAGCAGCUCCUGGAUCAUAUCGAUACCAGUGAUCAACUCAAACUACUACUCAAAUUGCUUUACGGUCUAUCAGCACAACGACAAGUCUUCUUGCGCAGCCACGAGGAAAUGGCCGCUCCGGAUAUCACAAAAAAAGAGUGGCUGCAAUCGAUGCAUCUGUUGGAAACAUGUUUCUUGCUGCUGCUGUGUUCGACGGAAGCCGACAUUUUCGAUACCACGAUGCUUUGUUUGCAAGCAUUUUGCGAAGAGGCGGCCCGCGCCAAAUAUGAAGGCGAUAUCUAUGUACCUUUUCUGAGUAAUCUGGCCAUGUAUCAGGAGCUGGUGCAAGGCAUUCCGGCCAUUGCCGGUUGCAAAUUGCGUCAAAAGUUUAUUCGUAAACUGCUGCGAGAAAAGACAGAAUAUUCCACGAGCGUCUUGGCGGCUUGGGCGCAAGCAUGGCAUUUGUGGAAACAGCUCACAACGACCAUCAUUCGGCCAAUGGACACUCAUUCACGAAACGACACUCAUCAUCGCGAUCAUUCACGCAAGUUGCACUCCAACCGGCACGAAAGAUCACGCAGUUUUGCCGCUCCACCACGUCGAGUUCCUGUGGAGACGUUGAAAGCGGCAGAUCGGCCGUUGGAAUGGCAAAAUUAUGGCGGGUUACUGGCAUCCUUGGCGGGAAUAUGUUUUUUGGAGGAUGCCACGUCGCUCAGCACCUGGUCGUCGAAUGAAUCUUAUCAUCCGCCGCAUCGAAGCCUUCCUCAGUCGGCCGAAGGCGACGCUGUUAUGAACCAAUUUAUUCGAGAAAUGGUGGAAUUGCUGACGUGCGAUAACCUCAUCGUUCGUGAAUGGAUAAAGGAUAUUCUAGGUACCGAUCUCUCUUCGACAUUGUCACCGACCCUGUUCAAACAACUCGAAGACGCCGUGUCUGCCUGCUUUCACAACGAAACCGACAGCAACCCGAUCCGUAAUCCGCGUUACACGCUGCUGGUGGACCAAACGAUCUCCAUUCUUCGAUUGUUAUUACAGCGAAUUCACACGGAAGACAUGCAGGUGCUUUAUACCCUGGAUUUCAGUCCACUGGUGACACGAUGUGCUGCGUAUUUGAAUGAUUUAGCCCACACGCCGGCCUUGGUCAAAAUCAAGAUCAAAAUGUGCCAACUGUGUGAACUCCUCCUCAUGCAUCGCAACAAUAUCAUGCUGGGACACGAAUUCUCUGUGCGCAAUAAACUGCUUGAUAUCUUGGUCAAGUGGAUCAGCGAAUUUGCCGUGACGAAAAACCCGUAUACCCUGGAUGGAGCCAUGCUUCACGUAGAAGAUAUGCAGCGAGAACUGGAUCUAUUAUGCCUAAAGACGCUCGCCAUGUUGUUGCAUCAUCUGCCGAUAAUGUCUGCCGAAGACAGCAUGUUUGAAACGGAUUCCAAACAAAUUCAAAGCAGAGCCUUUUACGAGUACUACAUGAUCUUUUAUAAGCUGCUUAAUCGAUACCGCAUACCGCAGAAUGAACGCGCCUUGGACUCAUACGACGCAUCUUCGAUGUCUCAGAAGGAACUCAUUGAUUUGAACGCUUUGCGCAAAUACACCAUUCUUGCAUUGUCUAAUCUUUUGAGUGCCAAUAUUGACAACGGGUUAUCGUAUGUGUUUUCCGCCUGCUAUCAUUCAGACACAAGCAUCCGCGUCGCUUUUGUGACCAUCCUCACAAGCAUGAUCAGGCAAGGCGUCUUGUCUCAAACCUCCAGCCACCUGGUGAAUACAGAUCGGUUCGCCAAACUUGUCGAUAUUUUGGUGGAUUCGGAUAUCGAGAUUGUGCUGUCACUGUGUGAUGUGUGUCCGAUUAGCGAUCAUGAAGACGCCGUGAAUGUGCUAUUGGCAACGUUUGCUUCACGGAACAAGGUGCUGGCCUUGCUGAAAGCAGUGAUUGAAAAAGAAGUGCAAAAGACAGACUGUGAGACGGAUCUGUUCCGUAAAACAAAUGUCACGACGCGCCUCUUAUCCAGAUUUGCCAAGAUGUACGGUGGCGACUAUGUCCGUUCGGUACUUGGACCGGUCUUCAAGAGCAUGGACGACACGCCUCGUGAGCAACGCACCUUUGAGUUGGAUCCAUCCAAGUUGGGUUUGACCGAAGAUGUGGCUGUCAACAAGCAAAAUGUGAUUCGUACCACCGAAAUGUUUUUAAAUGCUAUUUGUGCCUCGACCCAGGAAGCUCCAAAAUCGUUUCGGCAAAUAUGUCAUUACAUUGCGACGGCGGUGUCAGCGCGAUUUUCUGAGGCGACGUAUACAGCUGUGGGAGCAUUCAUCUUUCUCCGAUUCUUCUGUCCUGCCAUUGUGUCGCCCGAAGAACUUGCCAAAUGCCCGAGAAGGCGAGACAAUCAUCGCGGUUACUUGAUGAUCACCAAGGUCAUCCAAAACUUGGCCAAUAAUGUUCUGUUUGGUUCCAAGGAAACGUACAUGAUUGCAUUGAACGAUUUUCUGACCUACAACAUCUACCGGGUCACCAAUUUCUUGCGUGAAAUUUCCGAUAUCCGUUCACUGGAGGAUCCCGAUUCCGAUACGGUGCCUGUAACGACUUUGACCGACGGAGAUCACGUCGUAUUGCAUCGUGUGCUGUACGAUAAUUUCGAACGGAUACGCAUGGACCUCGGAGCGCGACGAAUGCAGGUGGCGCGUACCAGCCAAUGCUCACUUGCAUGGAAACAUCAGUUUGAUCAAUUUGCAAAUAUCCUUGUUCAAAUUGGUCGACCUUCUGAAGCGGCCAAAAAAGAAGCCAAUGGAUUGCGCAAUUACGGUCUAGCCGCCACCAACCAGUUGUACGCCGACUUUAUGCGUCGUCAUACCCAUCGCAGUACGAAAGAGAUUGUGGUGCAAAAGAUCUUUUACGACAGCGGCCUUUCCAGGGCCGGAAGACCUGUAUUUUAUGUCAUUGCACGUCGCAUUGUUGCCAGCUCCAUGGACUUUGAUCUGUUGAUUUUUCACAUCCUCAAGACCUUGGAAGCGGUGGCCAACCGACAAUUCGAAAUUCUUUUUGAUAUGUCUCAAUAUGAUUACGAACAUGAGAUUCCCGGGCAGUGGAUCGAACGGUUUAUGCACUUGAUGCCUUUGGAGACAGUUGACAGCUUAACGGCGAUCUACGUGUAUAACCCCAGCACAAUUCUGGCGACCGUUUUGAAAAAGCAUGCCGUGUUUUAUCCUGCCAAAAUCGUGAAACGUCUUAUCUCCCUGGUUACCUUGACCGAACUCUACGAAUACAUUUCGCCUCCCGAGGUGCGAUUGCCCAAAUCGACCAUCAACUUAGAUGCGGAACGGGGCGUCGUCUUCUUUCCUGUGAGCCGUCUGACCCAGAGCAAGACGCAAAAUCCAGUGACUAUUAAAGUGGGGCUUGAGUAUGUGCAGGUGACCUCGGCGAGGAAACAAGAAUUUGUUCCUGGAUUUUCGGCCAUCACCAACGAUGUGUACCAUAUUUCGGAAAUCAAUGACCUGGCCUUGCAACCCACGCAUUCGUCGUCCGAGGUUUCUCAAGAAUUCCGGUUCCGAUACGGUAAAAACAACCAUCGACUGGUCUUUGGAUCACUGAAAGCCCAGCCUAUUGUGAAUGCCAUUAAAGCCAGCAAACAACGGUUGGGGUCGUCGACAACAGCGCAUGAAAUGCAACGUACCGUGUAUCCCAAGGAAAUCCCCGGAAGAUUGUUGAGCAUUGCACUUUUAAUGCUCGGACAUAAGGAAGCCCAACUACGGGUAGAAGCGUAUCAUCUGUUGUAUACUUUGGCUCAGACAUUCAAUCUGAAUAUCUCACGACGGUUAUUGGAUGCAAACGAUAUAUGCGUGCCUGCCAACAAUACAGAUUUUCUUUUGGAUAUCAGCAAGACACUGGCGACGGAAGAACCUUGGCUUACAUUGGACUUUUUGGACGAAUCUCUUGUCGGAUUUUAUCAUUCCGAUGACAGCAAUCGCUAUCUUGCUCUGGAUUGCGUGUUGCCCUGGUUCCUCAAUCUACCGCAAUACCUCAAGAGCACAGAAUCCGAUGCCGAGCGAGCUAAAGAGAGAAUUCACACUUUGAUAAAAAUGACAGCCUACCGAGGCAAGAGCUACAAACUGAUGCAAACCAAACUGUGGAGAAUGAUUGCGAAAAUGGACAACAUGUUCCACAUUGUACUGGAUGCUGCUAUUUCGUACUCGGUUCAGCAGCCCUUGGGAUCCGAUCGAAUCGAAGCGGUUGCUGAUACUAUUGUGUCGUUGUCCAACACUGCGAUCCAUGGUCAAAUUAUCAGCCGAAUUCGUGAAGUGCUUCAUCGCACCAUGGAAAAGCCCUCUCGCACACUGACGGAACAUCCUGUGUGGAUGGAAAUCGUCGUUUUGCUUCGCUUCUUGCUCAUGCUUAGCUUCAACAAUGAAGAAUUGGCCACAUCGUAUCUACCGGAAAUUUUUCACAUUGUGACGUUGACUAUGGGCUUGGGAUCGGUCUUUGUCCGCGCUACGGUGCACGGGAUUCUUAUCAAUGUGGUUCAGUCGCUUUGCACAGGUGUCACGCUUCCCGAGUCCAAUCGAAAGAGAUUGCAACUGUUGCUCAACGAAUUAUCCGAAUCUCGCUUCCAAUUAUUGUUUGGCAUCAAAAGUACGCAUGUCAACGCAUUCACUGUGAACUCGGAAACUUUGGCCGAGCUAAAAGAAACCGUGGCCCUGACCUCGCUCGAAAUGGUUAUCAUGAAUUUCAUGGACGUCAUGGCGUCUGGAGCGCUUACCACAGACGUGGCCAACAUUUGGCGGGCUCGAUGGAUGAGCCUUGUGACGAGCACGGUGUUCCAUUUCAAUCCGGCGAUUCAGCCUCGUGCGUUUGUGAUUCUCGGAUGUUUGGGUCAAGAACAAGUGGACGAUGACCUACUUUACCAAAUUUUGGUUGCAUUGCGUGGCGCUCUGGAUAUCUAUGAUGAAUCCAAUCCGCAAUUGGUGGUUGGCAUCAUUGUAUGCUUGAAGGAUAUUGUCCCAAGUUUGUCGGCACGGUCCAAGUAUUUGCGACAACUAUUCUGGGUGGCCGUAUCGUUGCUCAUGAUUGAAAGCUUCAGCUUUUUCCGCCUGGCUGUUGAGAUGCUGACGGCGGUUUUGGGCACACUCAACUCGUGCGGUUCUUUUACCAGUGAUGUAGGCAUGGCGGCCGUGCUGCUGGCAGCGCGGACCCCGAUUGCCGUCGCUCGCGAAUUGGAUCAGCAAGCUGGAGUGAAUUUUGAAUCCUACUUUUCAUUUGCCAUCGCGGGGAUCUUGCUCAAAGGCGUACGUAAUCAAAAUGUCCGUGACAGCGUGUAUGAAGCGCUGAGUCUCAUGGUGGAUAUCGAUUACAAAUGCGAACUUUGCGCACGGCCCCAAGCCCUCGGAUACAUCGGCGGAUUGAUGCCGGGAGAAUUCUCGUCUCGGUCAUUCGAACGACUGUUCCAAGCCAGUACGAUGAAUUACGAUAUCUUGGACAUGACCGAUGAAACCACCGCCCUGCUCCUGUUCAUUAUUCUCGUCAAUCAACUGGAUUUGGUCAGCACCGAAGGCGAACGACUGCGCAUUUAUGAGUUUUUGGCCGAAGCUGCGGCUACCAAACCCAGCGUAUUUGCUACAGUAUAUGAACUGUUACUACCCAAGAUGAACCACUUGGUAGCCAAUUGUCAGAAGCAAGCGCUGCUGACCUCGGUGCAAUCGAUUUUGGUUACGGCGUGUUCAGAAAAUGAAAUAUUCAAGCAAGCGCCUGAUCUUGGCAAGACUGUGAAAGAACUGGGCUUCAGUGGAUUAGCCUAUCUAUCCAAUGCGCCGACCAACAGUAGCCAACAUUUACGCCAAUUCACGCUAUUGGCUAGUCGCAUCAUUGAAAAUAUCAUUGCUCAAUAAUUCAUAGAUAAAAAUUUACCCGACAGAAAUAGACUAUUCUAGACAAAAAACAUAUCCCCACGUACUUGUAU